CUCAAAGUACCUACAUAAUCUUCUUCAAACAUCCGAUUGAAAUGCAACUUUCGUAAGCUCAUCUUAAACAUACAACGAUGCAGGAAGUUGAAACGGCAGUGCAGAAAUUGGAAGAUCAAAAUGGCGUUCCUGAUCCAAACAUUUGUGGGGGUUGAUUCCUUCACCGUGUUUCAGGAGAUAUAUCUUCGAACCGACGAUCCACGUGUCUCAAACAUUGUAAAUUUUUCUGAUUCAGUUGGCGAGUUGAAAGUAGAGGCAGUAGCUUCAGCCAAAGACGGGAAACGGGUGCUCUUUCAGUUUGACAGAGCUGCCUUUUCCUUGAAAUUUCUUCCCUUCAAGGUCCCUUAUCCCGUGCCUUUUAGACUUCUUGGAGACGAAGCAAAGGGCUGGUUGGAUACCACUUAUUUGUCCCAAUCUGGAAAUAUUCGUAUAUCCCGCGGGAACAAGGGAACGACAUUCGUGCUGCAGAAAGAAACCGAACAAAGACAGAGAUUGCUAUUAGUCAUUUCAAAGGGUCGGCAAGUCAGAGAGGCCAUUGAUCAGUUUGUAGCUGUAAAUCAAACUACAACUAAAGGUGAAUUUGAACUUCUCGAAGGCGAGUGGCUGAUGAUAUGGAGUUCACAGGAAGUAACGGAGAGUUGGAUAGAGAAUGCUUUGAAAGGUUUGAUGGGCAAGCAGAUCGUCAAGCCAAAUGGUCAGAUGAAAUUUCUGGUUGAUAUUCUGUUCGGUCUCAGAUUUUCGAUGACAGGAAAAUAUGUGAAAUCGGGCUCCAACACGUACGAUGUUGUGAUGGAUGAUGCAGCAAUAGUGGCUGGCCCGUAUGGGAUACCGGCUGAACUGGAAACGAAGUACACGCUUCAACUUCUAUAUGGUGAUGAAAAGAUGAGAAUUAGUCACGGCUAUGGUGACAUAGUUUUUGUUCACAUUCGCGUUCAAAACUGAGUUGCGCAAAAAGAGUGACGUGCGUUCGGUCUUCUUCAAGACACCGGCUAGCUACAAGACACCAGAAUUGUACUAGCUAGCUACAAGACACCUGAUUACUGCACAUAUUUAAGUGUAUAUGAAAUAAUACAUCGGUAUCACUAAGUGCUUGUAUAUUCGUUUUUGGAAAAAGUGAACCAUCAUAAAGAAAUUCAUGUAAAGCACCAGGAUUUGGUAUGUAGAUUAAAGAGGGAGAUAGUGAUUAGUGAUAUAUGAGGAUUCAAAAAAAAAAGAUGAAUAAUGCUUGUACACAAUGCAGCAGCAUUCACCCUGAUUCAACUAGUGAGAGUUUGGCUCAUGCUCGCUCUGGAAUUUCGACAUAAACAAAACCAUCCUUUGGCGCCUUCAUCAUCUCCUGCUAUGGAUCUAUCUGCCUCAAAUUGU